CCUUGAUAGCCACCGAUAGCCUCUCCGGUGUCUACACCCAUUGUACCCCGCUCGUGGGCUAGCAGGGUCCACUCGACUAGACCCCAAGAGGGGCUAUCACACCUCGGAAUGCUCGCGCCAAUUUGGGCAAAGACUUGCGCUCGAAGUGAGUCGCAUGAGAAAAAAAGUGAUUCCUCGAUGGGAGAAUUAUCGAAUGUGCUCGGAAGAAAAUACGGCUCGAAACAUGUUACAGUCUCUUUCUCAUCCAGUUUUCUCGCAACGAACAAGAACGCAUCGUCUAUUUUCUUGGGCCUCGCCCUCAAGGCGAAAUGAUACAUUUCUACUGACGAUCUUGACCUCGGAAACUGCCGACUUUUC